AUGUCUGUCUCCUUACGAAUCCAGGUGAAGGGGAAACUCAACCUGUGUUCCCCGCCUGGGCUGGUGGCCACGGUGGGACUGGUGGUGUUGAUGGUUGGGAUAGCCAUGGCUGUACUGGGCUACUGGCCACAUGAAGGCCACAGCCAGGGGAAGGCAUCCGGGGUAUCACCAGGGGAGGAGCGGAGAGACAACGGCAGGAUGAGCUACUCCAAGAGCCCCCUGGUGUCUGUCACCUGGAGCGAUAAUAAGGACAACAACACAGCCAACCAGACUGUUGAGGAGUUGACCAACCAGACUGUUGAGGAGUUGACCAACCAGACUGUUGAGGAGUUGACCAACCAGACUGUUGAGGAGUUGACCAACCAGACUGUUGGGGAGUUGACCAACCAGACUGUUGAGGAGUUGACCAACCAGACUGUUGAGGAGUUGACCAACCAGACUGUUGAGGAGUUGACCAACCAGACUGUUGAGGAGUUGACCAACCAGACCGUAGGGGAGUUGACCAACCAGACUGUUGGGGAGUUGACCAACCAGACUGUUGGGGAGUUGACCAACCAGACUGUUGGGGAGUUGACCAACCAGACUGUUGAGGAGUUGACCAACCAGACUGUUGGGGAGUUGACCAACCAGACGAGUGUCGAGUUGAUGAGCCAGACUAGUGUUGUUGUCAAUGGAAGUUUAUCUGUACUUGUAUCUGUUAAUGGUAGUGUACUUGUAUCUGGUAAUGGUAGUGUACUUGUAUCUGGUAAUGGUAGUGUACUUGUAUCGGUAUCUCCCCCUCCUCCUCCUAUACCCUCAGGUAGGUAUCAUCCCCCCUCUUCUUCCCAUCCUUCAGGCGGGUUGCUCUCUCAGUUCUUGGACAACUAUCUGUCCUCAGACCACCUGAAGGUGUUCGGGCCCUUAGUCAUGGGGAUAGGCAUAUUUAUCUUCAUCUGUGCAAACGCCGUGCUUCACGAGAACAGAGACAAGAAGACCAAAGUCAUCAACCUUAGAGAUAUCUACUCCACGGUCAUCGACCUCCACAGCACACGGACCAAGGAAUACUCGCCGAGUAACGGACUGGUCAACUACGUGCAGUCCAGAGGUAGUGUUGAUUUACAGUGGCAAGAGAACAAAAAGGGGUUCUACCUGGAACCAAGAAGGAUCAGAUCAAAUGUUAUGACCAAUUUAUGUAGAAAUCCAGGUCAUUCUAAAAGGUUCACAUACUUUUUUCUUCCCACUGUUUACUCAGGGCCUUUCAACCCCAGUAGAACACUAGAGCUUGGUGGCAGCUCCUGGCUUUCCAACACCGGGUCUGGCCACCAGGGGGAGUCCUUUAUCCUUUUCCUUCCCACUGUUUACUCAGGGUCUUUCAACCCCAGUAGAACACUAGAGCUUGGUGGCAGCUCCUGGCUUUCCAACACCGGGUCUGGCCACCAGGGGGAGUCCUUUAUACUCUUCCUUCCCACUGUUUACUCAGGGUCCAGCCACCAGGGGGAGUCCGUCAGCACUGAGCAGCAGUCCAGACGACCGUCGAUUGCAGGGAGGCAGCGUAGCUGGUCUAGAGACAACCAGACAUUCACAGACACUGUCUACAGUAUCUACAGAGACCAGAAGUGCAGGUGUUCGGAGCAGGUGCCCUACCCCAGUCAGUGGGACUCAGAGCAGGCCUUCAGGAGGAGCUCGACGUCAUUGACUCCCCAGGAGUUAACAGAGGGUCUAGCAAUUACCCUUACUGAACACCAGGCGCUACAGGGACAGACCCUCACCCCACAGGGAUCCCAACUAUCCCCUUCCUCCCACUCAUGUCUCCAGGGUGAUGAUGGAGAUGGGGUCCACAGGGAUCCCAACUAUCCCCUUCCUCCCACUCAUGUCCCCAGGGUGAUGAUGGAGAUGGGGUCCACAGGGCUCCCAACUAUCCCCUUCCUCCCACUCAUGUCUCCAGGGUGAUGAUGGAGAUGGGGUCCACAGGGCUCCCAACUAUCCCCUUCCUCCCACUCAUGUCUCCAGGGUGAUGAUGGAGAUGGGGUCUCGAACAGUAAGCGAUACAUCAAACUGGAAACCAUGGGCGGAGAGUCCUUCGAGGCAGUGGAUGUAGCAACUUCCUGUGUGCCCGACUCGAAUCAGGAAGAGGAAAGGGAAGUAGCAAUCGUUCAGGGAGAAGAAGAAGAAGAAGGAAAAGGAGGGGGAGUCACCAGUCACCUUUAGCUCUUCUUGAUCUGAACUCUGGAUGAUGUAAUCCCCAGCUCUUCAACAGAGGAACCCUAAAUAGUUAUGCCUCGGCAUGUUAUCAUUGAGAUGGAUAUCAAUAGGAAAAUGCAGGGCUCAAACCCCAUCUAGAAUCAAGGUGCGGCCUAAGGGAACUCAGGAGAUCAGAGGAUGCUCAAACCCCAUCUAGAAUCAAGGUGCGGCCUAAGGGAACUCAGGAGAUCAGAGGAUGCUCAAACCCCAUCUAGAAUCAAGGUGCGGCCUAAGGGAACUCAGGAGAUCAGAGGAUGCUCAAACCCCAUCUAGAAUCAAGGUGCGGCCUAAGGGAACUCAGGAGAUCAGAGGAUGCUCAAACCCCAUCUAGAAUCAAGGUGCGGCCUAAGGGAACUCAGGAGAUCAGAGGAUGCUCAAACCCCAUCUAGAAUCAAGGUGCGGCCUAAGGGAACUCAGGAGAUCAGAGGAUGCUCAAACCCCAUCUAGAAUCAAGGUGCGGCCUAAGGGAACUCAGGAGAUCAGAGGAGAGGGUGUGAUCAGAGUGACUCCCAGUUCUUCAACAGAUAUGACAUGUCUUGUCAUGUUAUUCUUUCCCAUGUGUUUGGGAUUGGGAUUUGUAGCUGUACACAGUUGAUGGCAAUAGAACAUGGACACUGGUAUAUAUUUUAUUUUACCUUUAUUUAACCAGGCAAGUCAGUUAAGAACAAAUUCUUAUUUUCAAUGACGGCCUAGGAACAGUGGGUUAACUGCCUGUUCAGGGGCGACAGAUUUGUACCUCGGGGGUUUGAACUUGCAACCUUCCGGUUAUUAGUCCAACGCUCUAACCAUUAGGCUACCCUGCCACCCCAAUGUAUGUAUGUACAUGUAUAUAUAUAUAUAUAUAUAUAUAAAAUACCAUUUUUUUUUAGGUCAUUUUUUUUUAGGUCUGAAAGCCAUGGACAUCGUUGACUUUCAGAUCACCAACAUGAGGUGAACCAACAAAUCAAUAUCUAAGGUAUCUAGGUCAACUCAAUAUCUAGGUCAAAUUAUUCCAAUGUUUUUUUUUCAAUGUAACAAAUGUAACAAAUGUAACAAAUGUAACAAAUGUAACAAAUGUAACAAAUGUAACAAAUGCAACAAAUGUAACAAAUGCAACAAAUGUAA